AUGAAUUCCUCUUGGGGAAGACCCGCCAAUGAAACCUCCGAGGCGAUCGCUGUGAUCUCUCCGGCUCCAGAUCCCUUCAGUGGUCCCCUGCACACCGUCGAACCCUGGAAUUUCAAAGUUCUGGCGACUUUGAUGCUUUUCGUGACAUUUUUGUCGCUCUCCGAAAACUUCCUUGUCUUGCUGGUAACCUACAGAUACAAGCAGCUGCGGCAGCCUCUCAACUACAUCAUUCUCAACCUGUCGGUGGCCGAUUUGCUGGGGUCGGCUGUCGGCGGCACGCUCAGCUUUGUCACGAACCUGUACGGGUAUUUCUUUCUGGGCGCCUGGGCGUGCGUUCUGGAGGGUUUCGCGGUAACUUUCUUCGGCAUUGUGGCACUCUGGUCACUCGCAGUGCUAGCCUUUGAGCGGUAUUUCGUGAUCUGCCGACCACUGGGUAAUAUCCGCCUGCAGGGAAAGCACGCUGCCCUCGGCAUUGUCUUCAUUUGGGUGUUUGCCUUCAUCUGGACCUUCCCACCUAUAAUUGGUUGGAGCAGCUACACUCUCAGUCCGAUUGGCACAACUUGUGAACCCAAUUGGUAUUCUGGAGAACUCAAAGAUCACUCCUAUAUUAUUGCACUUUUUACAACUUGCUUCAUUAUGCCUUUAUUACUUAUAUUUGUAUCUUAUGGAAAACUGAUGAGGCGACUAAGGAAGGUAGCAAAUACUCAAGGGAGGUUGGGAGCUGCAAGAAAACCUGAAAAGCAAGUCACCAGGAUGGUUAUUGUCAUGAUAGUUGCAUUUCUCUUCUGCUGGUCCCCGUACUCAGUUUUCUCCAUAACGGUGACUAUUUGUCCAACCAUUGAGUUAGAUCCACGGAUAGCAGCAAUACCAGCCUUCUUCGCAAAAACUGCAACCGUUUACAAUCCAAUCAUUUACGUGUUCAUGAAUAGACAGUUUAGGAAAUGUCUCCUUCAAAUGUUCAGCCUCAGUGAACCCGAAAUCAACCCAACAGCAGAGCAUGCAAUGCAAGCAAGUAACAAUAAUGAGAGAGAAAUAUCUACCAUUGCAACACGGAUGACUUCUUACUGCAAUACAGCAGUGAAACCCAAAGAAGGAAACAAACAUGACACCUUUGCUCAGCUGCCAAUUCCUGAGAAUGAAGCUUACCCACUGUAA